AUGAUUAUUCCCACCUCUCUGUUGGCCCUUGCCGGGGUCGGCUUUGCUGCCCUGGAGCCUAGACAGAUCAUGCACCAGGCGAGGCAUCAGCCCUCUUUCAUUACAUCUCGCGACCUUUCAGAUACGAAAAACCCUUGCAAACUUAUAAGUCAGACCUACGAGGAGGCGAACCCUGAAAAGGGAGAUCCUGUCAUUCUAGCUAUUCCUCCAUCAGUCGGCAUUGCCUGCCUCAAGUCUGUUCCCCUGGACAAGAAGAGAGACCUGGAGCUACUCGAUUACCUUGAGCCUCUCAUCGGGUUUCAAAGCACACUCGAGAUUCUUGCUGAUCCCCCAGAAGAACAUUUGUUUCCUGGUGUCGAUGUCUUGGGUGGAUUUGAUACCAUUCGCAGCAAGUUGGAGAACAGCAAGUACAAGACACAAUAUGAAGUCAUGACUGAUCUACGGAGUAUUUUUGCCGCUGCCUAUGAUGGCCAUUUCGACUACCCCCCGGCGCUUCUCAAUGCCUUUAUGUAUGUCCGACGAGGCAUCGACUUUGAGUCCGUCUCUUCCAACGGUAUCCGUUUACCCUACAUCUUCUCCCGUAUCGAUUCAGACCGUGGCAACCACGGCCUUCUUGACUACACCCCUUCAGCUGUCAAGAGCAUCGACGGCACCCCGGUUGUAGAGUGGCUCGAGGAGGAUGCCUCUCGUCUUACAGCCGGCGCCCAAGAUCCUGAUGCUCAGUAUAAUGCUCUAUUUUCAUCCGCCCCCCGCAAAGCUGUUGGCUCAUCCGCAAGCACACUCAUCACUCAGUAUGAGAUCCCCGAUACAUAUAUCAUUGAAUUUCAUAACGGCACCAAAAAGGUGGUUCAAAACGAGAUCAUCGUCCUGCCUGCAAUCGAUUUCUCUGGGAUCGAGUCUGGCGAGGACUUCCACCAGUACAUCGAAAUCAUGCCUGCCAACACGACAUCCGAAGAGCCUACCAAUGAACGCCGCUCAACCCAAGAGUCAUCCAAGUCCAUCCCUGGGUACCCCAUCCCCAUUGCCAAGCAUUCAGCCAAUUCUGUAGCCGCAUACUUCCUCGACGGAAAGGGUUAUGAAGAUACUGCUGUUCUCUCCAUUUUGAGCUUUGUCCCUAUUGGACUUGACCUCGCCAACCCCCCUGCUGGCUUCAGUCUGGAAAAGUUUAUCCUUGAGGGGCAAGCUGUGGUACUCGAACUCAUCCGCAAGGCCAAAGCAGCUGGCCGUGAUAAACUGAUCAUCGACAUGUCUGCCAACGGUGGCGGAUCGGUCAUCUUGGCACACUCAAUCUAUCGUCUGUUGUUUCCAGAUGGCAAGUUUACCGGCUGGGAUCGAUAUCGCGCCAACGCUGCUCUCGAGGCAGCUUCCGAAGCCGACUAUGAUAAUCUCGUCGCAUCUUUUAUCACAAGAUCAGAGUACUACCCUGUGGGCGUCGAUGGCAAAGCCAUUGAAACCGGCAAAGACUUUUUCGGUCCCUACACAGUCAAAGGCGAGAACGUAACUGCGGCUUUCCAGACCAACAAGACUGUCCCUUGGGGGUCUACUAUCCCUGCCUACCUCAACGGCUUCGACCCUGAAACGAAGCCCGUCGUGGAGAAAGCCCCUUGGAAGCCUGAGGAUAUACUCAUUGUCACUGAUGGCAUUUGCGCAUCAGCCUGUGGUAUCCUGACUGGUCUUCUCACGCGCAACUAUGGCAUUCGUACGCUUGCUCUUGGCGGUCGCCCUCUCAAUCAAGCUAUGCAAGCCAUGGGUGGCGUCAAGGGGACUUUGCUCAACUUUAACCAGGACAUUGUCAGCGCAGUGGCUCAAGUUCAAGCUGGCGCAAGUGACAAGGAAGCACUCUCCAUCCUCAACGACGCUUCUGCCUCACUCCCCAGCUUGUCAAACCCACCUCUUCUACCCCUACCCAACGCUGGUAGAGUCAACUCGCUCAACGGUUAUACUGAGGAUAACCUCAAAGGAUAUCCAGUGCAGUUUCGAUAUGAAGCAGCCAACUGCCGUCUGUUUUAUACACAACUCAUGUCGGCUUCGCCGACUGCCGUUUGGAGACGUGCUAGAGGUGUAGCAUGGAAUCAAGAGCCCUGUGUCUCGGGCUCUACCACGGGCAAGAGUGAAAUGAUUGGCGACAAGACUCUCAAGUAUGACUCGAGAGUUCGAAGUCGAGCAAGCACCAUCAAGGGUCCUGGUAUGUUGAAGAGGUGA